AUGUGCAAAGGAAGACAUGAUACCCAUAAAGAAUUGACACAAGACGAGGAACUUACAAUUCCUCAAAGAUACUCAGAUUUAAGUACUUCAGAGAGCAUUGACUCUGAAGAAGGUUUUUUCUCUAAAGAUCCCUUCUGGUCAGAAGAAGGACACAAUCAAUUAGAAGAAUGGCGUCAAAGUAUUUUGAACCAAAACGAUACCUUUACAGUAAAUUCAAGCUUGUUUACUCCAAUCUCAGAAAAGGGAGAAAGGCACUACAAAUUAUUAAACGACAAAGUCCAUAAGCUCCUUGAUGUUUUAAAUGAAACCAUGGACUCCAUCAACAUUAGAGACGACUACUCACACAAGCCUGCUACAAUAAAGCUAGACGGGCCAAAACUUUCAUUAUUGCACAGAAGGCGCGCAUUACUGCCUUCUGGAAUUGACACAAAAUAUUAG